AUGCUGCAAUAUGUCACUGUUUUCGAUCCCUCUCAAAGCAAGAACGAAGACGAUUUGCAUAAGCAGCUGCUGCUGUACCACUCGUUCGAGGACUUGGAAGUUUCCCUAAAUGAUAAAUUGGGAAGAAUUGGUAUGAUUCAGGGUAUUUGGUCGCUUACUGAUUCACUUAGCGAUGUUCAAUCGAGUGAAGAAAAAAUCAUUGAACUUUCUAGAGAGCUUAUAUUGGUUAUCAAAGUUGAAUCGCGAUUUUUCAUUAGUCUAUGCAUUUCGGUCGAAGAUGAGAAUGAAUCAUCUCAGAUACCUCAUCAACUCUACCUAUCACAUAUGUGGUAUUGUUAUCAGUUUUUCGCUUUGCAAAAUGGCUACUUUAGUAAAUUUACAGAUGCUAGAGAAUUGACUGACUUACUCAAUGAGCAUGUAGUUUCAUUUUGGCAAGAUAUACUGCUGAAACCUGAGGCCAUCAUACGACGGGGUCUUGCUGGAUUAUGGCCCGACUCUUGUAAGAUGGCAGAGCUCGAGUUUGAGCAUAGUGAAGAGUCAUGGGAGUCUCUGAUUACUCAGAACAUACUGUUAGAGACAGAAAGUUAUCUAGGAAUCAAAGACGUACUAGUCUACCACCUGCCGAACUUUAAUGAAACGAAGGACCAAACAAAGAAUCUCAGGUUGGGUUAUAAAACAUAUGGUCUUGUUAGACACUUUUCCAAUGACAUAGGUAUUAUUCCACAAUUAUCGAAUUGGAUAUAUCACAUGCAUGCAGUGUAUGGUGAGCUUUCGAGCCAUGUUUUAGCCGGAAAUGCUCAUUAUAAGGAAGCGCCACAACAGAAUGACAAUACAAUGGAUGGCCCUGAGGAGGGAAGUAAUGGUGCGAGUACUAAUCAAGAAACCUUGCAGGAACAGGGUAAGGUACUACUACACAAUUUGACACUACCUAUAUCCUUUGCAUAUGAUGCGGUGCAUGAGGUUGGGGCCACAACUGGCAUCUCUAAUAGCAUUUCUUUACUCAUGGACUACGUCCCCAAAUGGGGUACCCUUGGCGGCCAGAACGAGAGGACAAAUCAUGAACAACUAAGUAAAAGAUCACGAUAUGGGUAUUUAAUCUCUCCGCUUAGUUCUAAGAUGUUGCCCAUGAGCUAUAAGGUGAAAAAAAUUGUCAGGGAGCAAGAAGAUGGCGAAUCCAAGAAUUAUAACUUGCUGUUUUGGUACUACGAUGAUAUUUUAGCGGUCAUCGUUUGUGAGCCUACUUUUACGAAAAUUUGGGAGUCUCAAUACUUGGAAGACCUGAGUUAUAAAUUAUGCAAGGGCAUAGCUCAAUUCUACAAAACAGCCUUCCAAAGAACUGACGUCAAGCGCCCACAAAAAAGAGAGCCGUUCGCGUAUACUACGUACAGCAAGAUCAGCAAAGAACUUCGGUCAUCCAUACCAACCUGGUUUGAUGCCAAGACAGAAAGUGACGACGUUUCCCCAUUAAGGCUAGUGAUCAAUGGUGUCGAUCAGUUGUUCGGUGGAGGCGCCAACUCUUCUGAAGACGCAGGACCACCAGUUAGUAAUAAUUGGGGGAUCGACAUCAUGGGAGGUCUAUUUGGAAUUAACAGGGACAAGAUUAACACCACUUCAGCAUCGAUGAGAGAAUACCGCCUGGAUAAGAAGUACGAUAACUUCCUUGAUGGGCUAACGCAGAUGAAAACAUGGGAACUACAAUCACAAAUAAUACAAUUCUUGAUGAGUUUGAAAAGCUCGGCCAAGGCUGCCGAUAUUACGGAAGAGAGGCUUCUUAAAUUGAACAAUGGCCUAUUGUGCUAUAUAAGAGAUGACGAGAAUGAGAUUGCAAUAGUGAUCAAGAACUGGUUUGAAAAUGAAGACGAGCUUAGCAGCAAAUCGUUGCUGCUCAACCUGAGCAAGGACCCACUUCAAAUAUCAUAA